AUGAUUUUGAAACUGGGAGUGGAACUCCACAUCUGCAAGGAGGUGAACAAAAGGUUUGAAAUUUAUGACAACCAGAUGAAAGGUGCCAAAAGGAGUGGAAAUUGGGUUCAACAGGAGAAGUCUAUUGCAGCUAAGGAAGCAUCAAAGAACAAGGCUACGGGAAAGGUUGAUGAAGAUGAGACACUAGCUGAGGCUCCUAAGAAGUGGAGAGAUUACGGUCUGGAGUUCCACUUUCCUGAACCUACAGAACUUACUCCCCCAUUUUUGCAACUUGUUGAAGUAAGCUUCAGUUAUCCACAACGGGAGGAUUUCAAGCUGUCAGGUGUUGAUAUUGGUAUUGAUAUGGGGACUCGUGUUGCCAUUGUUGGACCUAACGGAGCGGGAAUGUCUACUCGGCUGAACCUUCUUGCAGGUGAUUUGGUUCCUUCGGAGGAUGAAGUACGGAGGAAUCAGAAGUUGAGGAUCGGUAGGUAUUCACAGCACUUUGUGGACCUCCUGACAAUGGAUGAGACCCCAUUCAGUACCUUCUCCGUCUUCAUCCAGACCAAGAAGGGCUUAGCAGGCAAGAAGCUGUCCGCGCAAAGCUUGGAAAAUAUGGACUCCCUAGCCACAACCAUGUCACUCCCGUUGCAAAAUUAUCAGGGGGGGGCAGAAAGCCGUGUGUUGUCUUCACAUCAGUAUCCAUGUCAAGGCCCCACAUUUUGA